GCCACCUGACAGGUCCAGAUCUCCAAUCGGCCCGUUCUGAGAUGUGCUUGCUACUGUCCAAGGUCCGCUCCGAUGCCGUGCCUCUGGUGGACGCCUUUGACUUCCCCGACCAGAUACUGCAGUCCGUACUCGGCCGGUACGACGGCAGGGUGUAUGAAAAUCUUUACGAAUGGGCAAAGAAGUCUCCUCUUAACAAGUCUGAGGUACACGAGUCGUACUAUAAGUACCUUCAGCCCUUCUUACAGAAGAACAGGGCCAAGCUGUGAAGGAAAUCUUAAGAUUUCCUCCUGGAAUUAUAAGAUUAUGGAAAAGAAUCCCUUCCAGGCUCAAGGAAUUAGGAUUACAAUUAAUAUAUCUUGUUGGCUAUUUCUUGCCCAUGAGUCUUUAACUUGAUAAUAUUUGAUAUUCUAAAUGGAUGAUAUUCUAAUGAAAUAUUCAAUUAUAAAAUGUUGAGGUUUUUACCUGAGAUCAUACCUUCAAGCAAGUAAGCAUACCUUCCAGUGGGUAAUAAAAUAUCACUGAUUUUAUUGUCUUUGUUGGCAUAAGUAUCAUCAUCUAGAGUACAAAGUAUGAUUUAGAGUUUAAGUUAGAUAACACAGUACUAUAAUAAUUGUAUAUGUCACUGCAGAGGUUGUGAUUCAGGACAAUUGACAGAUUGCAAUCAGAGUCUCUCCUAGGACAGACUGUGAUCGGAAUCUGUAUCUGUAUCUAUAUAACCGGUAUAACUGCCCUGAGGCAUAACACACCAGCUUCGCAGGCACGCGGCGCGGCAGCAGCUGGUUAUAUUACACUGAACGAUCUGUCACACCUAACUUUUGCACCUCUAUCUGCAAGCUUUCUUUAAAACUACCCAGAGAAGAUGCCCCUUACUGUCUAUCCUAGGACAAUCAGCGAUACUGUCUUUAAGUUUACAGAUUGUACAAUUAGCUCCUAGGACAGACUCAAAUUCUAAGGACAAUCUCCAAUUCUACUAGAAGAAAUUCUGAUUGCACUGUUUUAAAAAAUAUUCUGAAUCUUAACUUGAAAGUUCAUCUGUGUUGAUAUAUAUAUAUUCUGGAAAAGUUAAACUGCAAUUUCCAACACAAAAAUUGGACUUACACUUGAACUUUUCGACUGAACACUCGGCUUCAGUCUUUGUCAAGGAAUUGACAAUCUCGUGUUGAAAAUUGCAGUUUAAUUUUUCAAGAAUAUAAUGAAUCAUUGCCUAACUCUUGGCAGAGUUACACCUAGUUGCUACUUGUGUAUUUUUCCACACAAGCAAGUGUAUUUGACAUUUUGGGUAAUAUUGAAUGAAAAAUCCAAUGUAGGGUGGUA